AUGUCCAAUAUGACCUCCUGUCCAGCACGUGCGGAUAUCCCACUCACUUGGGCUUCCGUCGGCACUGCCAUCAAAAUCGCAGCAUGUUCCGUGCCAGACUGCGACAACAAUGCAGCAGCGCUAUCUCUCUGUUGCAACCGCUAUUCCUCAAACCAAUCAACCCCAGACUCUUUCAACGGCAUCUCAGGCAUCUACCUCACCUGCAUCAUCUCAUCAGACGGCACCGAUUUCAACGAGACCAGCACUCAAAAUUCCGACUACCAAAACUUCCAGGACUGUCUCGUUCAAGAGGGAGCAGCACCACUCCUUUGCAAUCGUCCUCGAGAGGAACGACAAGAUGAGCCGACCCCUUAUGACUGUCCUGUUCUAGAUCAAGACUCCAUCACAGCCAUACCACCAGCAAGACUGGGUGUGAACGCCACGGGCGAUGUUGUGUGCGGUCUUCGGAAUGUGCCUAAUGCAACGGCAGUCUUGAGGAACUGUUGUGGGGAGUCGCCGCUUCAGGCGUAUGGGCUGGGAUGUUUUGCUUCUUGUGCGGGAAACAGUUCUUUGGAACAAUGUAUCGAGGAUGGUUAUGACUAUGAGGGAGAAGGCAAUGGACCUGCUUGUGUUACUCUUGAUGAUACCCUCACGAAUACUGGUAGCUCGGGCGUUCAGGGAGGUUUGAAGGCCUGGCUGGUGGGUGGACUGUUGAUGAUCGUGGUGGCGAUGUCUUGA